AUGGGGUUCUCUAAAUCAAGCUAUAAGUGCAACAAGCACCCAGAUCACCAAGAAAAUCAGGGGGUUUGUCCAUCAUGUUUAAGGGAAAGAUUAUCUCGUCUUUGUUCUUCAUCUUCUUCAUAUAAAGAUUCUAGCUUAAGAAUCGCUCCGUCGUCAUCUUUUUCUCCGGUUGAAAACCGAUGGGGUUCUUCUUCUUUCACGGUAAACGUUGAUACGAAUGGUUUCAAGAAGAGUAGAUCGGUUGCUUUUAUUGCAAGAAACGAUGAAGAAGUUGUUAACAAUGGGGGGAAGAAGAAGAAAGGGUUUUGGUCAAAGUUGCUUCGUUUCAAAGGGAAGAAUGAUAAGGAUUUUCUUACCCAUUCAUCAAGUAUGAGAUUUGUUAUUGGAAGAGUGAAUUAA